CCGUGUUAUAGGUUUGUCUAUUAACGUUGUGUCCUUCAGUAAGCUAGCUAGCUAAAGCUAAUGAUAAGAAUACUUGUUGUUUAGCUAGCUUACUAGAUAGCUAAAUACGUAACCUACAUGCUUGUUCCUAUUUGAGCACGUCAUGUAACCGUUUAGGCUUAAAAGGCUAUAACGUACUGUAAGACGUGUAACCUAAGCUAUAUGUCCUUCAUAAAUAGUUGCCUUCCUUUUUAUAACACGUAAAAGUAGGUAACUAACUAACUGUGAAAUAACUACCCAAAUAAAUGCAUGAAAUACUGUAAAAUAACAAUUAUUAGCUAAUUACGUUGUGUAUAUAUACAUCAGUGUAUAUAUCGGUGUAUGAUGAACAGUUUGUGCAUUGAUUAGUAAUUUAGCAAAGACGUGCUAAAACAGUCUUAUUGGAACUUGUGAACUAUAGAAACUUUAGGUUAGAUGUUCAUAUAUAACUGUGGUUUCGAGAAAACAGCCGUUGCUUGACAGCAAUAUAAGGCAUAUAAACAAAGUAAAACACAACAACGGUUACUUAGCAACAGUACUAUAUGGUAAAUAUACAAAAUACAGCGCAACAAAAAGCUGUCUUGCACAGCAGUAUUACAUGGUAUAUUUGCAAUGUAUAUUAUACAAAUACAGCUUAUAUGACAAAACCAAGCAUUUUGAAUUGAAGGAUUUUUCUUCAGUCAGAGAUUUUAAACCCUAAUCCACAUUUAUUUCUGCAGAUGAUCUGAUAAUGUCCAACAAUUUAGACAGUGUGGUUAUUCGUAUUGCAGUGAUAUGCUGUGAAACGUGUAUUUUUGCAGAAUCACAAAUGCUUUUGUCACAGCUUCUUCAUGAAAUGUGCUGUGUAAAGUCCUGUGUCUGUUAUAUUUUGAGUGAAAUUCAUUUAAAAGUAUAACAUGUUUUGAAUCAAGUAAGAGCUUACUGUGUAUACAGUUUAUUGAGCAAUUUAUUAAGUGUGUUACUUUAAGUUCUAUAGUAAUAUAUUGACUAUAUAGCCAGAUUUUCUACGGUAUUCUUAGUAAAGUUCUAGUAAAUUCAGACAAUUAUUACAGAUUACUACACAUGUAUUCUAGAUAAUGAGGCAGUACUACAGAAAUAUUAGAGAAGGUCUUUAUCUUUAUAGAUUAUAGACAUGGCUCUAGCACUAUGAAAAUCUUGUAGUAAUACUGUGGUGUUUUUGGGUAAAAGAGGUGGUGCAUUCUGCUGUUACUGGAGUUACUGAAUAAGAAUGUAUUGAUUUUGAAAGGACACAUCCAUUGUGCAUGAUUUUACAUAUGAUUAAUUCAUAUAUUUCAUUCAUUUUGCUUCCUCAUGCUGAACCAUAAAGUUGCCAGACAUUCAUGACACAUCCCUUUCAAAUCUGUAUAUGUGGUCAUCUGUUCCUCUUUCGGAACUAAAGAGUUUUCUUCUUUAACAUUUCCCCAUGUCACUAAUGCUGUAAGAGUUACUGGAAGUGUAGAUACUGAGAGAAUGAAUGAAAAUGUGUGUACCAAGAUAAUCACUUCUCUACAUAAUACAUUGAGAUUUGCUUUUGGGACAUGCCAUUGCAAGUAGAUUCUCCUAAAAGAGCAAGCAGAUUAAGGAAAUGGGAAAAUUUCCUGCAUAGCAAAAACAUGACUUGCAAAGCGCUUGCAAAUGCAACCAUGGCUUUUUAUGCUUGAUAGCUAGCUAACCGAGAAAAUAUUACAUGUGAUUUCAUCUGUACAAUUGGCUGCCUUACUGUAGGAGUAGUGUAGUGGGAAAGCAGUUGUCCUUUAUGGCAACUAAAUUUAUUAAUUCAUUCAAAGUGUUGAAAUAAAAGUUAAUUUUGUCACACAGCCAACAAACAGCAAUGUUGAUAUUGUAGCCCCAAAAAUGCUGUCCCCUAAAUCAGGAAUGUAUUAUUGGACCUGGAGCAGCAUUACCAUUAGCGUCUAUAAAUUGCAUAGGGAUUGGCUCAGUGGUGCACAUACUCCUGGUAGUAUGCACUCUGGACCACACUGUUUGCUUUAAGGAAGCUUGUUGUGUCAGUGAUGUUAUAAAAACAGCGUGUUGACGUUAACAAUGCUGAUUGGCUGAUUGAAGAGGGUGGUCAUGUGCACAAUAAUUUAAAAAUCCUACCUUUUUGAAUGCUUAAAGUUCUGCUUAAAGGGGGGGGGGGGUAUAUUUUAUCAAAAAAAGGGUAGUUUUGAAUGGACGUCUGUAAAGAAACCAGGCAGGAUUUAUACUGUUCGGCUGUUGGGACUGGCUGGAUGCAACCGACCAGUCAAACCUCGCCCCUGCUUAAAACUCUCUUGUGUCUCAACACCAGGCAGUCAUUAAGCAACAGACGUUGACUGUUGACAUGCCAUCAGAGCUUUCCAAAAGAAACUGAUUCAUUACUGUUUAUUUCAUUGUUUUCUUACAACUUUGCUAAUGUGCUACAACAGGUCCAGUAGUCAAGGAGAUCAGUUAGUCUUAUCGAAGAUACUUUAGUGUAGGCUUUAAUUAAGAUAAUUACAUCUUUUGAGUUGCACCCAAUUUCCCAUGUGCAAAUCGCCGCCUAGUUUCCAUACAUGGAACAAAUUCUCUUCUAAUAUGUAAAACACUACCAAAAGGGCAUAGCAUAGGUUUUAUGGUUUGAUUUGCAUCUCUUCUCAGAAGGCUUUAGCGUUUAGGUGAGAGAUGAUGAGGUUUUUCCAUUAGUCAUGUGAGUGCAACCUUACCUAUCCUCUAUUGCUUUCUGUUUCUUUGUUGUGCUCACAAAUUUUCACUAGAUGAUUGGGAAAGAAAUCAAGUAAAGAAGGCAAGAAAAACAUUUUGGGAUGUGCCCUUUGUCACUAAUUGAGUGCCACCUGCUGGACAAAACUCGGGCACAUAUUCCUAUUUACCAGUAUCUUAAGAGAUGGACUUAUUCAGUUUGAAUACGAAUUGAAUCAUAGCAAAAGUUUAUUUAGGAUUGUGUGUCAUAAAGUUCAGUAUUUUGUAUGUCUAAUGAGAAUUCCUUUGUUUUUGCUUUCUUGUCUCAAAGGAUGAGCAGCAUUACGGGUAAAUGGAAGGGAAUGGCACGUCUAUCUUUGACCUCCUCUGUGGACUCCAUAUUGCUGGGUAUACCACGGCAGGUACUGUCCGUGUCUAUGGAACCGAAAUACCAGUGCCAGCAGUGCAAGGAGGUUCUUAGGAAGCCCUUUCAAGCCCAGUGUGGACAUCGCUUCUGUGUAUCCUGUUUUAAGCAGCUCACCAGCUGUGGCCCCAUACCCUGUGAAGCCUGCCGUGCUGAGGGUAUAUUUGAAGUGGAUCUUUCUAUGCUUAAUUUUUGUGAGGCAUUUCCAGACAAUGCUGCUCGGAGAGAAAUUGAUAGCUUGCCUGCAAAAUGCCCAAACGAAGGCUGUAGUUGGACUGGAACACUGAAAGACUAUGAGGUGCAGCACGAAGGCCGAUGUGAGUUUGAGCGUGUGAAGUGUGAAGCAUGCCAAAUGUUUAUCCUACUUACUGACAAAGACCGUCACAAUGAGAGAGAGUGUGAAGCCAGGACUCUGAACUGCAAGUACUGCAAAGUCUCCUUCAGCUUCAAAGACAUUAAGGCUCAUGAUGAAAUUUGCCAGAAAUUUCCCAUCCAGUGCAAAGACUGCGGUAAAAAGAAGAUCCCCAGAGAAAAGUUUCCUGAGCAUAGCAAAUCAUGUGCAAAGUCCAAGUCUGCUUGUCAGUUCAGCGAAAUUGGCUGCAGGGCAGUGGUUGACAAUGGCAAACAGCACGAACACGAGCAGACCAGUAUCACUGAGCACCUGCGGCUCAUGCUGGCCGUACUGUCUUCUGUGCGUUUACACUCUGAUGGGCCAGGAGAAUGGCAGGAGGACUCUGGUCUUGGGCUGUACCGCGGACCUGAAGAUGCAGCUCCGCCAGGGGUCCACGCUGCUGCCCAUAAUGUAGCGGGAGGUCCCAGUGUGCAACAAAAGAUGACAGCACUGGAGAACAUAGUGUGUGUAUUGAAUCGAGAGGUGGAACGCACUGCCCUCAGACUGGAAGCUUUAACGCGCCAGCACCAGUUGGACCAGGAGAAGAUCGAGAACUUAUCCAACAAGGUGCGUCAGCUAGAGCGAACCCUGACCAUGCGUGAUUUGCAGCUGGCUGAAUCUGAACAGGCUCUACGAGAACUACAGUUCUGCACUUACGAUGGUGUGUUCGUUUGGAAAAUAUCAGACUUCUCUCGCCGCAGGCAAGACGCUCUAGCUGGCCGUUCCCCUGCCAUGUUCUCACCAGCCUUCUAUUCCAGUAAGUAUGGCUAUAAGAUGUGUUUGAGGCUGUAUUUGAACGGAGACGGCACAGGCAGAGGUACACACCUCUCACUCUUCUUCGUGGUGAUGAGGGGAAAAUAUGAUGCUCUGCUCAAGUGGCCUUUCAGCCAAAAGGUAACUCUGAUGCUGUUAGACCAGAAUAACCGUGAGCACAUCAUCGAUGCUUUCAGACCUGACAUCAGCUCCACAUCUUUUCAAAGGCCAAUUAGUGAGAUGAAUAUCGCCAGUGGCUGCCCACUCUUCUGCCCCCUAGCUAAGUUGGCAGGCAAGAGUUCCUAUCUGCGAGAUGAUACCAUUUUCAUUAAAGCAAUAGUAGAUCUUACUGGGCUGUAGUGAGUGAUGCAACAGACUGAACUGUGUGUGUGUGUGUGUGUGUGUGUGUGUGUGUGUGUGUGU